AAAGAGAACGAAUCAAAUCCUGUCGGAAAGAUGAACUAAAACCCUAAAUUCAAAGCAGAAUAAAAAAACAAUGAAAGCUGCUGUCUUUCCGUCUAAAAUCGCGAAUCUAGGCCUCCCUUCUUCUGGCCGUUUCCCACUAUUCUUCCGAUCACCGGCAUUGUUUUCCUCGAUUACUACAACUCCUUGUCGGAAGCUGACAAGAGGAAUAAGGGGUAGUGAAGGCUUCAUGUCUCAAUCAUCUUCAUCUUCUCAAUUGUUUUCUUCCUUAUCGAAUUCAUUCUCCUCUCAACCGGAAUCGGAGUUACCUCAACAAGUUCAGUUACCUUCUCCGAAGCCAAAAUCUCCGCCACCACAGCUCCCAUGGCUUAUAGUUGGUUUGGGGAAUCCUGGGAAAAAGUUCCAGGGCACUCGUCAUAACAUUGGUUUUGAGAUGGUGGACGCUUUGGCUGAAGCAGAAGGGAUACCUAUGAACACUGUUAACUUCAAGGCCUUGUUUGGCAAAGGCGUUAUUGGGAACAUACCGAUUAUGUUGGCGAAACCUCAAACUUUCAUGAACGCCAGUGGUGAGUCUGUUGGACAAAUUGUUUCCUUUUACAAGAUCCCUCUAAAGCAAGUACUUGUGGUAUACGAUGAUUUAGAUUUGCCCUUUGGUAAACUGCGAUUAUUACCAAAAGGUGGUCACGGAGGGCACAAUGGGAUGAGAAGCAUUAUAGACCGCCUAAAAGGGAGCCGUGAUUUUCCCCGUCUAAGAAUAGGGAUUGGACGACCUCCAGGGAAGAUGGAUACAGCCAAUUAUGUUCUUCGCCAGUUUAAUAAGCAAGAGCAGGAAGAGUUGGAUUAUACAUUUCAAACAGGGUUAGAGGCAAUAAGGAUCAUGCUUCUUGAAGGGUUCAACAAAAGUGCAACCUUUGUCAACACUCAAAAAUCUAUGCAACAACUCGGUUGAAAAAAAAAACAGAUUGUUCAUCACAUUUGAAGAGCUACAGAGAUUUACCGAUUCAUUAUUAGAAAAACCUCAAUUCAUAUUCCCCUUUGAGCAAAUUGUAUAUCACAAGAAAACCAAAAAAAUUAUUAGCUUUGACAUACUGUAAUUUGCUCCUGAUUAUAAUAAAAUUUUAAUAAUAAAGUAUAUCAUC